GUAGAGACACAGAGGGGUGGGUAGGGGGGAGCCAGCUGGGCGCUGCCGCCACCCCAUCGUGGUCAUGGCCGGCUCGGAGCAGCCGGCGGCGCGGCGGGAGGACGAGGAAGCGGCGCUGCCCGGGGAGGAUGCGGAGCUGGCGCUGGCCGGCAUCAACAUGCUGCUCAACAACGGCUUCCGCGAGUCCGACCAGCUCUUCAAGAAGUACAGAAACCAUAGCCCAUUAAUGAGCUUUGGAGCCAGUUUUGUCAGUUUUUUGAAUGCCAUGAUGACAUUUGAAGAAGAGAAGAUGCAACUGGCAUGUGAUGACUUAAAGGCUACAGAGAAACUUUGUGAAAGUGAAGAAGCUGGAGUUAUAGAAACAAUCAAGAAUAAAAUUAAAAAGAAUGUUGAUGGACGAAAAUCUACUCUAUCCAUGAUAGAUCGUUUACAAAGACAAAUAAUUGUAGCAGACUGUCAAGUCUACUUGGCUGUACUCUCAUUUGUAAAACAAGAGUUAUCAGCAUACAUAAAAGGUGGGUGGAUACUCCGAAAAGCCUGGAAAAUUUACAAUAAGUGCUAUACAGACAUUAAUACACUUCAGGAAAUGUAUCAGAAGAAAACAACUCGGGAAUCCUUGACUUCUGAUGCUGCAAAUGAUAAUCAUAUUGCUGCAGAAGGUGUAACGGAGGAUUCGCUAAACAGACUGAAAGGUGCUGUUAGCUUUGGAUAUGGACUUUUUCAUCUUUGCAUAUCCAUGGUGCCCCCAAACCUGCUCAAAAUCAUCAACCUGCUGGGUUUUCCUGGAGACCGCCUACAGGGGCUUUCUUCACUGAUGUAUGCAAGUGAAAGUAAGGACAUGAAGGCCCCUUUAGCUACAUUAGCUCUGUUGUGGUACCAUACAGUUGUUCGUCCCUUUUUCGCCCUUGAUGGCAGUGAUAACAAGGCAGGGUUGAAGGAGGCAAAAGAAAUUCUUGCAAAAAAAGAAUCUGCUUAUCCAAAUUCCUCUCUGUUCAUGUUCUUCAAAGGAAGGAUACAGCGAUUAGAGUGUCAAAUCAAUAGUGCCUUGACCUCAUUUCAUACCGCUUUGGAACUUGCAACAGACCAAAGGGAGAUUCAACAUGUCUGCUUGUAUGAAAUAGGUUGGUGCAGCAUGAUAGAGAUGAAUUUCAAAGAUGCAUUUGAAUCCUUUGAAAGGCUUAAAAAUGAAUCCAGGUGGUCCCAGUGCUACUAUGCUUAUUUAACAGCAGUGUGUCAGGGAGCCACUGGUGAUGUCAAUGGUGCUCAGAAUGUGUUCAAGGAAGUUCAGAAGCUUUUUAAAAGAAAAAACAAUCAGAUUGAACAAUUUUCAGUGAAAAAGGCAGAGAGAUUUAGAAAACAAACGCCAACCAAAGAGCUCUGUGUCCUGGCAUCCAUUGAAGUAUUGUACUUAUGGAAAGCCCUUCCAAACUGUUCCCUCUCAAAUUUACAGCAUAUGAGCCAAGCUUGUCAGGAUGUUGAUGAUUCAUCGGCUGUUGGUUUGAGGAAUUUGCUUCUUGGUGCCAUACACAAAUGCUUAGGAAAUUCUGAAGAUGCUGUUCAGUUCUUUCAGCGAGCUGCUAAAGAUGAACUGUGCCGUCAAAACAACUUAUACGUUCAGCCAUAUGCUUGCUAUGAACUUGGCUGUCUUCUGUUAGACAAUCCAGAGACUGUGCCAAGAGGCAAAACAUUACUUCUCCAAGCCAAGGAGGAAUUUACUGGCUAUGACUUUGAGAACAGAUUGCACGUCCGCAUACACGCAGCCUUAGCCUCUCUAAGGGAAGUAGUUCCACAGUGACAGACAGGAAGUCUUGUUAUCCCACAGUUUCUGCACUUUAAGAUGAAGCAGAAGAAAAAGCUGUUGGGAAGACCAGCUUUUCUUCUGAAAACCACUUGUGCCAGAGACACUUUCUAGUAUGGUCAGAGUUGGUAUGGCUUAGUAAAACCUUACAAUUUUAAUUAAAAGUAAAUCAACCAGGAAGAAGGUUAAGUGACCUUGUGUUUUUAACUCCUCAGUUUUUAUUUUCUUUAAACCAAGCUGAACACAAUUGCUUUGUAACUCUGGGUGAGCCUAAAUAAGCACACGCGAUUUACUUCAACAACAUUGGCAGGUGUGAUUUUUACUUUAAAACGGAUCUUGAUCUAAAAUAUGCUAAAGGAAGCACUUUUUUUUUGAUUAGAAUAAUACAAUAAAAGUAAUUAGUGUAAAUUUUGAAUUUUGGAAUGGUUGGAAGACUUUUUCUUCAAGCAUUAGCCAGGACACAGGAGGAGGAAAACUAUUCAGCCAUAAAAAGCAGAUCUUACUAAAUUUUAGUGGCUUAUGUCUGUGACUUCAUGACAACUAAUGUGUGAAUUUCAAACCUCACAUCCCCUUCCAUUAUUCAUUCCUGCCUUCCCAACCCAGCUCAUACUUACGUCAGUAUUUAGGAACUCUUACAUUCCAGCUAAAUACUUACUUUGUUUGACAUGCAGUUUCCAUCUGGGCAAUUCUUAUUUCUGCUCUUAGUAUUCUGAAUAUUAUGUUAAAAUAUAUAGACCAGAUACAGUAAUUUUUACUUAUUUUUCAUUCAAGCUGCUGAAUCCUUAUAGCAGUGACCUUUAAAGAUAUUAAAAAACCCAACCAAGUGAAACACAAAGCCAAAAAUCUACUUUGGUAGUUAUACCAAUACUACGAUAUCCUAAGUCUCUAUAUGGUAUUCCAAACCUGUGGUGUUACAAUAUUGAAAUACCUCAGAGAGAUGAAAUUUUUAUUAUGACCAUGUAAUUUUUAAUACUUGGCCAUCUGUGCUCAUCUGUAGCUUUUUUUACUUUUGUCUGUGACACGUAGUAUGUCAUUAUGUUUUAUAUUCGGCCAAUAUCAUGUUCUAGGAAGGUAAAUAUUUUUUUAAAGAAGCUUAUGAAUGAAUCUGACCAGAAAGUUAAUUGAAUGAUGUUGUUUGCAAAGUUAAGAAAAAUGGAUAUCCUUGAAAAUAGUUAUCCAAAAGCCUUAUCUUUACUUUGGUCAGGUUGCCUUAAACAGUUCCUUAGCUUAAACUUUUAUUUUUCUUACUUUUUCUGUAGAAUGUGUCACCAAUGUUCUGGACCUUGCCCACACCUAACCUUCAUUGAUUUGCUUUUGAGGUUGCAUCUAAAGCGAGACUGAUAUGAAGGAGAAAAGUAAUAUCGUUUUUAGGAGGCCAUAUGAAACGGUCGAGACACUUUUAUUUCCCUUUAGAAAUACACAGUUCCUGCUAUGAAAGGCAUUCCUAGAGCAGUUAAACACUUCGGUUGCAGUUUGUGAAGGAGAGAAGAAACUCUUAACUCUUAAAAAAGCAGUUCUAUUUUUCUAUAACCUAGGUGUGUUACAGGUAGUACACUGGUGGUUUUUUAUUUACCUUUGAUGGGAAUAUUGAGUCACAAGAAAGUGAUCAACCUACCUUGGUCAAUCUAAGUAAGUAUUGACUAGAAAACAAUAUAUUGUAUAUAUAGUGACUACUUAGAGUUCAGAAGAUUUUGAAGAUGGGCUUUAUGUACUUGAAAUCUUAUUUUGUCCUAUCCAACUUUUAAUGUUUUGCAAUCAGAGACACAGCCCAUUCUCGGUAAAUAAAUAUCUGCAAAUGAUACAGUUACUGUCAAAAUUCCUUUUAAAUACACUGCUUAAAUAUAAUGUGAGACUAGGCUGUUCGGGACACCUGCAUGCGAUUUAUGUUGGGAUAUCUAGGAUCCACAUACUUGAAGGUAGCUAACAAAUUGUAGUAACUUUACUAAAGGGCCUGUUGUUCUCGCCAGGCCAGAAGUGGGUAUGGAAAGACACUAUAUAUUCAUAGAACCUUAUAACUCUGUGCAAAUUGCAGCUUCUCUGUGGAUUUAGCGAAUCAUCACUGAAAUAGAAUUCUCUCUGUUAAUGAUUUCUUCUCACUUUGUAGGAGAAUCUCCUACAUUGUAAAUGUCUAAAUUAUUUUUUAUGUUAGAUUAUGCCUGUGAUGAGAAAAAAAUCAACUGUAUUUUGUGUAGACUGGUAAGUUUUUAUACUUUGGAACUCGGAGGCAUGGUCUAAUAGCAAUAAUGGAAUAUGCAUCUUGCUAGGUAAUAUGUUAAGGCUAUCUUUACUGGGUCAGAUAUUUUUGUUGAUGUUGAUGCAGUUUUUAUCUCAAUAUGACUCAUUUCAAAUAACUAGAAUUUUUAGAUGUCACAAAGUGGCAUAUUUAUUGUGACGUACUGUAAAUGUCAUUAAUUUACAGAACUUGCACUUUUAUAUUUCUGAGUAAAAUUAAAAGAAACACA